UCUUUCUCUCUUGCUCUCGUUGCGCUCGGGGAGUGUUUCCCAUUUAAACAAACAGAGCUCGCGCGGAAGAUGGCGGAGCGUUUCGAAGUGGCUUAAACGAGGAAACUGCUGUGUGUGUGUCUGUUGUUUAUUUUAUGAAGUGGACACGAUAUUAACCCGUGGACUCGUUGAAGCCGUAGAUGCUCUCUGUGACUGGGUCUUUAAUCGGAGCUUCCACGUUGUCACUCAAAGGAUGUGAGGUGGAACGGGGUGGAUGUCAUCAUUCUCCACUGCUGCAAAGGUGCUGAUAUGUGUUGAAGAUGAGUGGACCAGGGGACAACUCUCUGGAGUCAUUGGGCUACGACCGGAAACGCAAACUCUCCACAUGUGACACACCAGGACUAGGGUGUGAUAAACGUCGGAGAGAACAGGAGUGUAAAUACAUCGAGGAGCUCGCCGAGCUGAUCUCAGCUAACCUCAGCGACAUCGAUAACUUCAACGUCAAACCAGACAAAUGUGCCAUCCUUAAAGAGACAGUACGCCAGAUACGGCAGAUUAAAGAGCAAGGAAAGGGUUCAUGUGGCGACGAUGAUGUCCAAAAGGCAGAUGUAUCCUCUACUGGUCAGGGGGUCAUCGACAAAGACCAUCUGGGCCCUCUGCUGUUGCAGGCGUUGGACGGCUUCCUGUUUGUAGUGAACCGAGAGGGAAGCAUUGUGUUUGUGUCUGACAAUGUGACUCAGUAUCUGCAGUACAAGCAGGAGGAUCUGAUCAACACCAGCGUCUAUAACAUCCUGCAUCAGGAAGACCGCGAGGAGCUGCAGAAAAACCUGCCCAAAGCCAGUGGUGGGAAUGGUGUUUCGUGGACUGGAGAUGCAUCUCGUCAGAAAAGCCACACCUUCAACUGUCGGAUGUUGGUUAAGUUUGGGCACGGAGGUCCUGGAACGGAGGAUGGAGCUGGAAGGCCUCGUUAUGAGACCAUGCAAUGUUUCGCACUUACCCAGCCUAAAGCCAUGAUGGAGGAGGGCGAAGAUCUGCAGUCUUGUAUGAUCUGUGUGGCCCGGAGAGUGACCACAGUGGAGCGAAUGGAAAGAUUCAGCACCAGACACGAGCUCACAGGUAAGCUGAUUGAGAUCGAGCAUCAGAGCACCUUACACACCACUAUGCGUCCCGGCUGGGAGGAUUUGGUGCGUAGGUGUUUGCAGAUGUUCCUGCAUCACAGUGAAGGCCAGCCCUGGUCCUGGAAACGACACUACCAAGAGGCUUGCAUGAAUGGUCGAGCAGAGACUCCACUGUACCACUUUUCCCUUUCUGACGGAACUCCAGUGACUGCGCGGACACACAGUGAGCUCUGCCGAAACCCGAAUACCAACGAUCCUCACAGCUACCUCUCCACUCAUCUACUGCAGAGGGAACCAAAUAGUUACAGGCCAAACCAGGGAGGUGUAAUGCGUUCCCAAGCAAUGGGCGGUGCCAACCAUAAUUCCCAAAUGAACAUGACUUCUGGUGGGCAGAUGGGCAUGGGCAACGCCAGAGGAUACAGCAUGAAUGACUCAGGCCAUAUGGGACCCAGAGGAGGCCCUAUGUACGGCCCUGGGAACAGAAUGAAUCAGAUGAACCCGAUGCACCAGAUGAACCAGAUGAACGCAAUGAAUCAGAUGAAUCAGAUGAACCAAAUGAAUCAGGUGAAUCCUAUGAACCAGAUGAACCAAAUGGGUUCAAUGAAUCACAUGAAUCAGCUUAACCCUAUGAGUCAGAUGAACCAGAUGAAUCAGAUGGGGCAUCCCGGAAUGAAUCAGCACCCGCAGCACUACCAUAGCGGAGGGUAUGGCCUGGGCAUGACAAGUCCAUCCCAUGGUAGCCCAGGUAUGAACCCGUCGCAGCAGAGCAUAAUUGGAUCUCCACGGAUACGAGGAAGCCCUAAGAUGGGAGCCAGCCCCUUCUCUCCAGGAGGUAUGCACUCUCCAAUGGGGCCUGUUGGAAUAACUGGCAGUAGUGGCUCUUCUGGGGGUAACUCUUUCUCAAGCAGCUCCCUCAAUGCGCUCCAGGCCAUUAGUGAAGGAGUAGGCUCCUCCCUCCCCUCUACACUCACCUCGCCUUCUCACAAAUCAGACAGCUCUCCUAGUAUCAACUCCACCCAGCCCGGUCAACCAAACCAGCCUGGGGCCAGUAAAGGGCCUAAUACGGGUGAAACGAAGAGCCCUGCCAGUACUCCUUGCACAGGGCCGGACCAGCAACACACGCACACAUCAGAAACCUCAUCAGAUAAGCCGGAUAGUCAGUGUAACAAAGAUGGCCAGACUGGAGCUGAUGUGCAGCGGAAGGGUGCAGAGGGAAAGGGCCAUAAGAAGCUACUUCAACUGCUUACAUCUCCACCGGAGGAGAUGGCCAUGGGAGCAGGAACCGGCACGCCCUCUUCUGGACGUGCUUCCACUCCGAUUGGUGCAGACUCAAAGGAGGCUGGAGGUUGCAUGACGAGCCCAAAUUCCACAGGUGUAUCAUCAUCGUCGUCUGCUUCAUCAGGAGGCCCCACAGGGCAGCACGGUCCUGGAUGCGUGUCAUCUACGGGCUGUGCAGGUAGCCACCUCCCUUCUCAUUCACUGCAGGAGAAACACAAGAUCCUCCACAAGCUCCUGCAGAACGGCAACACGCCGGACGAGGUGGCGCGCAUCACGGAAGAGGCCACGGGGAAGACAACGGGCAUCGGGGGUUCGGGGCAUCAGGGCUCAGACGGCGUAGGGAUCGAAGUAAAGCAGGAGCAGCAUAGUCCAAAAAAGCAGAACGCUCUGCUCCAUUAUCUUCUGAACAAGGAUGAUAGCAAGGAGACGGGCAUAGACGUCAAACCAGGACUGGAUGAGCUGGAGGGUCGCGGGGUUGGUACUGGAGGAACCACAAGCACAGACUCAAUCAGCCACAAAAUCAAAAUCGAACCUGAUGAGUUACAAAGCCUGCACAGCAUUCUAGGAGGCUUGAAAUCUGGAUCUGGGAUGUUUGCUGACUCUGGAAGCACAGAUGGAGAAAAUAAGAAAGGGAUUGGACCCAACAAUGCUCCACAUGAUCGUGAGGGUCCAGGGAUGGGUCCAGGGAUGGGUCCAGGGAUGGGUCCAGGGAUGGGUCCAGGGACUCGAGUGCCUUUCCAGAGAGCAGUGUCCAUGGAUGGUAAACCAUUUACUGGGGGAAGAGGGACAGGCAGAAGAAGCGCUCCCUCCCCUUUCAUUAAACAGGAGAGCUUGGACAGCCACAUAGGCAUGGGAGGCCCUAAUAGACAAAUGAGCAUGAACCAGAUGCCACCUAUGAUGGGGCCAGGUGAUUGGAGGAUGUCAGCAUCUGUAGGGAGCCCAGGGGGCGCUAACGGGCACCCCGGUAUGGGUUGUCCGAGCAUGGAUCCAAAUCCCAAGGGCAUGAUGGGAGGUCCAUUGAUCAACAGGUCAAAAAGUGUACCAACUUCAAGGUCCAUACUACAGCAGCAAUUAAUGGAAAUGGGUGCAUCUCAAAAUGAGAUGGGAAUGAACACAUUCAGAGGACAGCCACAUCCUCCUCAGUCGCCAUCAUGGCCUGACUGUGGCAUGGGAAUGGACGGACCGCCUAAUGCAAACAGCUUGCAAUUUGGCAACCCCCUGGACGAUCUGCUUGUUCCUCCAUCCACCACUGAUGGGCAGAGUGACGAGCGAGCUCUGCUUGACCAGCUAGACUCCCUGCUCAACAACACCGACAACCUCGGUUUGGAGGAGAUCGACCGAGCACUUGGGAUCCCAGACCUCGUUGGCCAGGGCCAAAGCACAGAGCAGCCAUCAACCCCUACAGAUCCUUUCCCAGGCCAUGGAGCAGGUUAUCCUGGUCCACCUUCCAUGGGCAUGCAGGGAAACUUUGGGCCCGGGCCCGGUCCUAGUCCUGGUCCUGGUCCAGGCCCGGUCCCUGGCCCGGGCCCCAUGCAAGGCCAUCCAGCACCGGGGUUUAACCCAAUGAUGCAGCAGAUGGGUGGGAUGAUGGGCCCACGUAUGCGCCCACGUAUGAUGAACGCUAAGCAGCCACUCAGACUGCAUCUUCAGCAGAGGCUUCAAGGACAGCAGUUCAUGAACCAGACCCGACAGAGCAUGGUGAUGAAAAUGGAGAACGUACCAGUGGCAAACGCUGGAGUGAGGCCUGGCAUGCAGCCUGGCAUGCAGCCUGGCAUGCAGCCUGGGAUGCAGCCUGGGAUGCAGCCUGGGAUGCAGCCUGGCAUGCAACCUGGCAUGCAACCUGGGAUGGGAGGACAGUCUGGUUGUGUAAAUCUGAAUGCUCAAAUGCUGGCUCAGCGAAAUCGAGAGAUAGCAAUGAGAAGGCAGAAAAUGUUGCUGCUGAUGCAGCAGCAGCAGCAGCAGCAGCAGGUCGCAGCUGCAGGUUUCAGCCCUCCUCCAAAUGUCACUGCUCCCACUAGCAUGGACAACCCCAUGGGAGGGACACCCAUGAACCAACCUCCCGGGCAACAGCCCUUUAACUAUGGAGGAAACUAUGGUAUGGGCCAGCAGGGUGACCCGUCAUUCACCAGCAAUAGCCCGCCUAAUAUGAUGGCCGGACGCAUGGGGGGCCCCCAAAACCCCAUGAUGCAACAGCACACUCAGAGUGGGCCCAUGUACCAGUCAGCAGACAUGAAGGGAUGGGGGCAAGGCGGCAUGCCCAUGAACAAUAAUUACCCACAGCAGCAACAGCAGCAGCAGUUCUCCCAGCAGGGGGCACCAGCGCAGUAUGGGGGCAUGAUGAUGAACGGAGCCAUGCAGGGUGGAGUGAACGGGCCAGGACAGAUGAUGCCGAUGCAGGGGCAGAUGGGGAUGAACCCCAUGGGCAUGGGUUGCAUGCCAAUGGGUCAUGAUCAGAAGUACUGAAGCAAAACACCAUCUCUGCGAGAGAGUAAGGCAGAGCAGAGUCAUAUCACACCCUGAGAGCAGACACACAGUUCCGCCUGGCCACUGCUGCAAAUGGACAAGCUGGACAUGAGACAGAGGACUUGUCCACGUCACUGUGUUUUAAUAUACUCUCUGAAGCAUUUGUGUGUGCCCCACAGAAUAGAGUUUGAGUGCAACACACUGUUGAUCUGCAGCCAAACUCGUGCUCUUAUUCAAAGUUGUGUGUGAGUGUAAGGCCAUACCUCACCACCAGAGGGUAUGCUUUUCUCUCGCUGUGGAACUGCCAUGGUGCAGUGUGGGGAUGCACUUUAUCACAAGGCUAAUAAGGAAAAGAAUAUCUGCAAUAUGUUUUGCUCAUUCUAGCCUUAUUUAAAGACUCUCUGUGCAGAAAAAAACCUUGGUGAUAAGACACGUUUUAUCAGAAAAACUACUUUCAGGACAGACUGCUCCAAUUCCACAUUAUAUGCAGCUACGAGCAAUAAUCCUCUUCUCUAUGCCAUAUAUGUUAAAAACGGUGCACCAUAAAUAACAGAGCAAAAGGUACUGCAGUAUUAACUGGGCUUUUUGUUUUAUAUGUGAAUAAGGACAGACUUGUACAUGUUGUACGCUCCAAAUGUAUCAUAUGUGCCCUUAUUAUAUACUGUACAUUUUUUGCACAGAUUUUGGCCCAUGUGAGGUCCAGCAUAUUAUAUUUUAGGUCAAUAUUGCUUUUGGGUGUUAAUUCUAUUUUAACUUUCUCAAAGGGAAAAAAAAAACAUUUUUAAAAGAUUUUUAUCUUUUCUGAUCUAACCUCGUUUUUCUUUACAGUAUUGCAGUGAUGGCAGCCAUUUGUUUUUGGAGGGCACUUUUUUUCUGUGGAAAUUAAAUGGAGAAAUCCUAUCUGAUCAAGCAGUUAUGUUAAGAUGAUGUCACGGUUUAUGUUUGUGUUAUUAAUCUGUACAUUUUAAGGACAUGAUGGUGAAAUUAAAUAAGACAGUUAUUUGCUCAGCCUUUCCCUGUAAGCUAGCUGUUACUAUCAUUAAUGGUUUCACUUUUAAGCGCUGGGUCUUCAUAAAUCUACCUUAAAAAAUUGCACAAUCCAAAGAUAUAGAUAUUUCAAAAUGUUGGAUCAUUAUGGAAUAUAUUUGGAAGUAAGAAAUCACAAUUUUGUUUGUUUUAAGUCCUGGACAAGGGUCCGAUUAAUUUAUGUGGUCAAGGGAGCGAAUAAGAUGAUGUUUUUCCGGAUGUAAAUCGCAAUACAAUUUAUUCUUUUCCUCGAUGUUGAUAUUGUUGUAAAUAAAAUUUAUAUUUAAACAUG